CAUCACACAGCUCGCCUUGCCUCUUCCCCAGACAAAGACUCCACUAUUUGGUACUGAACAAGAUGUCUUUGAAAAACAACAGUGGUGGCGUUUAGCUGGUUCAACAGCUGGGAUCCUCCCCAGCUCAAACAAAAUACACAAAAGACAAGGAGAAUCCACGUGCUGUUUUUUUUCUCUCUUGAAAGGGAAAAAUAGCUUUGCGGCACAACGUGGCAAGUUUUUGUUUUAGUUAGCAAGGUGUAAUCUUUUUUUUAGAAACCCAUCUGCUGUUCAAUGUGAAACAUGUUAAAGUAGGGCCAGUGAGACUCAGAAACGCUUGAGAUUGACAAGCUGAACAGGUGGGAUCAGUCUGGGCUUCCUUGAGGGAGCGAGUUGCGAGUAAGGAAUCCACUUCACUUGGCUGAAGCACCGUGUUCCCAACCAUGUUGAAGAGCAGUGACCUGAAGUGGUCCCAGAUCAUUUCAUUGUUGACAUUCAUAGCCGGGGUAAAUGUUUGCCAAGGAAUUAGCUUGAGUCGCUUGCAAAGAUCAGGAGACACUAACAAUCGCGAAGUUCUUUCAGAUUCAGCACGAGGUACUACUUCUGGGUCAUGCAGGGCCAGAUGUUUUGAACUGCAAGAGGCAACCCCACCCAACUGUCGCUGUGACAAUUUGUGCAAAAGUUAUAACAGCUGCUGUUUAGAUUUUGAUCAACUUUGUUUGAAGACAGGUUAUUCAUCACGUUUCAAUCCUCGAUCAAGAGGUAAGGCAGGUCGAGCAUGGGAGUGCAGCAAAGAUCGUUGUGGGGAAGCACGAAAUGAGGAAUAUGUUUGCCAGUGUUCUGAAGAUUGCAUGACUAGGGGAGAUUGCUGCACCAACUAUCAAGUUGCAUGCAAAGGUGAUAUACAUUGGGCGGAUGAAGAAUGUGAAGAUCUGAAGACACCAGACUGUCCAGCAGGCUUUAUUCGUCCACCACUGAUCAUUUUCUCUGUGGAUGGGUUUCGAGCUUCAUAUAUGAAGAAAGGAGGCAAGAUCAUGCCCAACAUUGAAAAAUUAAGAUCUUGUGGAACUCAUGCCCCCUACAUGAGACCGGUAUAUCCGACAAAAACCUUCCCCAAUAUGUACACCCUUGCUACUGGACUUUAUCCUGAAUCACAUGGAAUUGUUGGCAACUUGAUGCAUGACCCUGUGUUUGAUGCCAAUUUCAGCCUUCGAGGUAGAGAAAAAUUCAAUCCUCGAUGGUGGGGAGGACAGCCAAUCUGGGUGACGACUGUCAAUCAAGCAGUAAAGGCUGGCACAUUUUUCUGGCCUAUUGUCAUUCCCUAUGAACAAAGGGUAUUCACAAUACUUCAAUGGCUGAAGUUGCCAGAUAACGAAAGGCCCUAUGUCUAUGCCUUUUACUCAGAGCAACCAGAUGGUUACGGUCACAGAUAUGGACCAUUCAGCUCAGAGGUGACUGAUGCACUUCGGACAACAGACAGAAUUGUAGGGCAGCUGAUGGAUGGACUCAAACAGAUGAAACUGCACCGUUGUGUUAACAUCAUCUUUCUUGGAGAUCAUGGAAUGGAAGAUGCAAGCUGUGAAAAAACUGAGUUUUUGAGUAACUACCUUUCUACAGUUGAUGACAUCAUUUUGUUCCCUGGAUCAUUGGGACGUAUUCGUUCCAGAUAUAGCAAUAAUGCCAGAUAUGAUCCCAAAGCACUGGUUGCCAACCUUACUUGUAAAAAACCUGACCAGCAUUUCAAGCCCUAUUUGAAGAUGAAUCUUCCAAAGCGUUUGCAUUAUGCCAACAACAGAAGAAUUGAAGAUGUCCAUUUAAUGGUUGAGAGGAAGUGGUUGGUAGCAAGAAAACCAAUGGAUGUUACCAGAAAGCUCUCAGGAAAAUGUAGUUUUCAAGGUGACCAUGGCUAUGACAAUAAAAUCAAUAGUAUGCAGACUGUUUUUAUAGGCUAUGGGCCUAGUUUCAAAUUUAAAACCAAGGUUCCACCCUUUGAAAAUAUUGAACUGUAUAAUGUUAUGUGCGACCUUCUUGGACUGAAACCAGCUCCUAAUAAUGGAACCCAUGGCAGUAUGAACCAUAUUUUACGGAGUCCCCUGUACAGGCCGUCCAUGCCAGAUGAAGUGGCUAAACCAUCCCAUAUUGUGAUUGCUUCAGCAGUUCAGGAUGAUUUGGGUUGCACGUGUGAUGAGAGGAACAAAGGAGAUGAUCUGAACAAACGUCUACAGCACAGAGGCACAGAAGAAAACAAACAUCUACUUUAUGGUCGUCCUGCUAUUCUGUAUCGUACUAAGUACUAUAUCUUACAUCAUCAAGGCUAUAUAAGUGGAUAUAGUGAAACCUUCUCAAUGCCACUGUGGACUUCAUACACAGUUCCAAAACAGGUGGAGCUGUUUAACCUUCCAGAUUUUCUGAACAACUGUGUGAGACCUGAUAUACGCAUCUCUACAACACACAGUCAAACUUGUUCAGCUUACAGAGCAGACAGACAAAUUUCCUAUGGAUUUCUCUAUCCUCCCACCCUUGGUUCCUCGCUUGAUUCUAAAUAUGAUGCCCUUCUAACUUCAAAUAUUGUUCCAAUGUAUCCUGCUUUUAAAAGAGUGUGGAACUACUUUCACAAAGUAAUGGUGAAAAAACUGGCAACGGAACGGAAUGGAAUUAAUGUUAUAAGUGGUCCCGUGUUUGAUUAUGACUAUGAUGGUCUCUAUGACACACUUGAUAAAGUAAAUCGGCAAGUUGAUGGGUCAAUCCCAGUCCCAACUCAUUAUUACAGUAUUAUUACUAGCUGCCUGGAUAGUACUCAGCCUGUGGACAAGUGUGAUGGACAACUUACCGCGUCAUCAUUCAUUCUCCCACACAGACCUGACAACGAUGAAAGUUGUAACAGUAAUGACGAUGAAUCAAAAUGGGUUGAAGACCUCAUGAAGUUGCACACGGCACGUGUGCGUGACAUCGAACACCUGACUGGUUUGGAUUUCUACCGCAAGACCAGCAGAGCCUAUCCUGAAAUUCUUUCUUUAAAGACAUUCUUACAGACAUUUGAAAGUGAAAUCUAAACCUCUUGCCUCUUUGUUGUUCCUGCAGUACAUCUUUUACUUACAGGUGUAUAUUUUUUUAGUACUUUUUUUUUGUAUUUAUUAAUUCAAACCAUAGAAUAUUUUUAAGGCUGUUUCUUUAAAGCUUUGCACCUAAUAUGUCACACAUAAUAACAAGCAUGUGUCUUUCUCCCCCUCCUUUGUCAUUAUUUAGCUGUUUGAGUGAUGUUUCUGUUUAAACUGUUCGUACUACUGCAGCUUUUGUUUUUGCCUAAGAUUAGGAUUGGGGCCCAUGGGAUUGAAACUCGCAUUGUUAAGAAUCCCAAACUAUUCAGUGAAUUGUUUCUUCUGUAAUUUCUGUCCUGCAUAUUAAAAAAUAAGUUAUGUAAAGCUACAUUUAUACUUCACUGUUGCUGAGAUGAGGCAGACUUAUAAAGCAUAAAUAUUUGCAAAUCAAGUCACAAAUAUAAUAAACCCUGAAUCAAAUUUCAACAAUUGUGCUUCGAUUUGAAAAUAGAUCGUUUACCUGUUGAAGUAAAAUGUUAUAUUAAAUGCAAAAUAAAUAGGCUCCUACUUACACUUUCUUGCACAGUACAGAGAUGCUCUCAGCUGAAAAGAUAUAUGAAGCCUGAGAGGUCUAAAGGGAUGAAAGAAAAGAAAAUAGUGUAGUGGCUGCUUUUACCUUUGGGGGGGGGGCAUCUAUUUUUUCCUUUGAUAUUUGUUUUUUAUUGGAAUUUUUAUGUGUAUAAAUAUGUUCUGGAAUAAACUGCGAUCAAUACAAUUUUUCUUUUUAAAUAUGGGCUUCAAAAUAAGCUUUUACCAUGACAGUAAAUCUUGAGUUUUCUUUUUGAGAUUUAAGAGUUAUUCCACAUUAAAGAUGCUACAACUGGAGCAACAUGACAGCUUCAGUAUGGAUUGUCCAGGUCCAUCUCAACCCCUAGUUUGCUGGUCAGUCACAGAAUUUAAACAGAAUGAGAUAGGAAAUAGGUGUGCAACAACUGAAUGCCAUCUCAAAAUUCAAUGCAUUAAUCCAUAGUAGGGAAUGCCCAGAAUUACUGUCUCAAUUUCAUACAAGUUGCGAGUGUUUGCUGUGAAUUGGAUGUUUGUUAACAUUAGAACUGUGCACGCCAACCCUGUUUUUAUACAGACAAGGUUAAUUUUUGCAACAUACGAAUUAGGAGCAGGAGUAGGCUACUCAGCCCUUCAAGCCUGCUAUGCCAUUUAAUAAGAUCAUGGCUGAUCUGACUGCAACCUACCACCUACUCCUGAUAACCCUUCACCCCCUUCU